UGGGAACACUCCCAGGAAACAUAUCCCAGCGACGAUUUCUUCAGCUGUCACAUUUCGCCCAAGAGAUUGUCGGCCCUAGCCUACAACAAAGCAACUAGCAAUGGCCCGCGGACACCAGAAGAUCCAGUCCCAGCAAAAGAACGCCAAAAAACAGGCAGACGCAAAGAAAGCUAAGGGACAUGACCAGAAGACUGCUGCAAUGGCAGCGCUCGUCUACACCUGCGGCGUCUGCAAGUCGCAAAUGCCGGAUCCGAAAACAUUCAAGCAACACUUUGAAAGCAAGCAUCCCAAGUCCACCCUCCCUCCCGAGCUUGUGGAUGUGGAGGCGUGAGCUGUCUUAGGUGUGUGUGUGAUUGUGUGUGUGCAUGUGUGCGUGUGUGUGUGCGUGCGCUAUGUGUGUGCGCUAUGUGUGUAUGUGUCUCAGGAAAACCACCGUACAGCAGGCUUGUUCUCUGACCAUCAACACUGGAAGACUCUUUUGACACACUGCUCUUAAAAAGACAUCUACCUACAAAACAUGCAACAUAUAUAAUCCUUCAUACUUAUGUAAAUGUGUACCUCCUAAUAGACCUAGUGUUCUCACAAUCAAAGCAUGUUUGGAGAGAGUCAGGCAUGUUGUGGAUUUACCCUCAAGUCCAUAUAACAGUUGUAUACAGGAUGAUGGGAGCAUUGGGUUUUAAGUUUCUUGAUAAAGAGCCAUUCAACACCGGCAUUAGAUUGGUGUAGAGUUUCAUGCCUUCAUUUUGUGUUAAAUCAACCUGAGCAUUAUUGGAAUGACCGUCUAAUGCUUAUCAAUGAUGACACUUCUUUUUUUUCUAGAGCAGAAUUUAAAAAUUGUAAUUGAGAUGACCACAAAUGUUCAAUGCCGUGCUGUUCCUAUCCCACCCUUCAACGAAAUUUAAUAAAUGUUAACUUUCUA